CAAUCAUACAACCCAAGCAACCCCAGGAUUUAGCCCGUUUACAAGGUGUUGUAGGUUUAUUUACUAUUUAAUUAUUAAGAUAGUAUACAUUAAGUAAAUUGUAGACAUGGUGAAUUCUGGUAUGUAACAAAAAUUGUGAUUACUAAUACUAUGUGGAUUGAAUGUUUAUCUCGGAGUUUACGGAGAUAUGCCUCUAUUUUUUUAUUCAAUUGCUCCUCUUUUUUUUUUGUAGGUCUGUGGAGUCAUAAAUCUGCAAGAUUUAUGAUGAAUAUUAUAUCUGAAUCUAUUGUUAUUGAGACAAAUCGUAAAUAUUAUAAAUAAACGAUUUUCAGUCUUUUAAUUACGAUUUAGCUAAUAUAAUUACAUUUAAUUAUAGAAAGAUUUAAGGAUUCUUGAUAUCGGCGGCCCCUUUUUUUUAAACCCAUGUGUGGCAUCGCGCAGCACUCGCCCCAACCCCCCCUCGAAUUGACAAUUUCGUACACAAAUGUGCACUAAUUACUAAGCAAUUACGAUAGUUUCGAAAUUUUCAACUACAAUGGCUUUUCCUAGACCAUAUAUAUAUAGCAACAAAUAGUCAAUUUUUCAGAAAAAAACAUUUAUUCAAUCUUCAAUUGAUCAAUACACAAUGUCCCACGCCCUCAAGUUAUAUUCUUUUCCAACUCCAAAUGGGGUCAAGGUUUCUAUCUUUUUAGAACUCUUGGGUUUGAAAUACGAUGCUCAAGCCGUUGAUAUUCGUACCAACGAACAAAAGCAGGACUGGUUCGUUAAGCUCAAUCCAAAUGGUAGAAUCCCAACUUUGGUUGACUCAAGCACUGGUGUCACCAUUUCUCAAACUGGUGCUAUUUUGCAAUAUCUUGCUGACACUUAUGAUAAGGAACACAAAUGGUCUUAUCCUCAAGGUACCCCUGAAUACUACAAGCAAUUGGAAUAUUUGAUUUUCCAAGUUGCUGAAAAUGGUCCAAUUCAAGGUCAAGCUAACCAUUUUGUUGUUUUCGCUCAAGAAAAGAUUCCAUACGCUAUCAACAGAUACCUUACUGAUGUUAAGCGUAUUUAUGGAGUUUAUGAAGACAUUUUGGGUAGAAAUGACAAGGGUUUGUAUCUUGUUGGUGACCACUAUUCUAUUGCUGACAUUGCCUUGUUCGGUUGGGCUAACUCUUUAAGUAAGUUGGAUAUUGAUAUUCACACUUGGCCAAAAUUAGGUAAAUGGUUUGAUGCUCUUAGUGAAAUCCCAGGAGUUCAAAAAGGGUUAAAGGUUCCUACAUUAUAAGUUUAUAAUAAAUAAGUUUAUAGCUUUAUUAUUAUUAAAAAAAAAAAAAGAAUUAAAUUAUUAGUUUGAUGCAAUACCAAAUUAUUCCC